AUGGCCAGCCGUCCCCGCCGUGUUACACGCAGGAAGCGAGAGACGUGUACAGAAUGUUCUUUACGACGACAAAAAUGCGAUCGCCAAGUACCGUGCGGACGAUGUGUAAAGAGGGGCGUUGCCGAAAAGUGCACCGUGUUAUGGGACAAGCGUGAUGGUGAAGCUACUCAUCGAGCCCAGACGCAUAUGUCCAUCAGCGAGGGCGAGGAUGAGUCCGUAACGGGCUCUCCCCAGUUUGGAGCCUCGUCGGCAUCCUGGCGUUCUCAUCCCCGGCUGCAGUAUGUCUUUAGUUCCCCAACUUCCCCACAGCAACGGAAGUCGCCGGCUUGCAAUGGUGGAGAUUUUACGAAUCCGAGUCCCGAUGCAGUAUCGUACGAAGACUAUCUCGAAACUUUGUUGCCUUCGAGGCAUCAAAUCCAGUGUCUUAUUGAUUACCAUGAGCUAUAUAUGCUGUGGUACCAUGGCUCUUAUCACGGCCCAACGUUCCAAUCCGUGCUUCGGAGUGCUAUAUUCAACGAAACGGAUAACGCAAGUCUGGAUAUCGCACGACUAGACCUUCAAUGGAUGGCGCUUCUGCUUUCGAUCAUGGUUGGGAGUCUGGUUUGCGCCCCGAGUGCUCAGGUGGAGGAAUGGGGAUUCCACUGCGUCGAAGUGUCGGAGCUUGCCUUGGUUUGGUUCAAGGCGUGCGUCAACUGCCUGAACAAGGCCAACUAUUCAUCUAAACAGAGCAUUUACUCUGUACAAGCCAUAGCCACCCUGGCUUUGUCGGCACAUAUCCUCGACCAGUCUGCAGAACUCUCUGUGCUCCGCGGAGCUGCUACCCAAAUUGCUCGGCGCCUCGGGCUGGACCAGCUCGAGCACAAUCCCUGCCUUGACACCGCUACACCGACGUCUUCCGACGCGGACAGGCAUAGGCUACUUCAGCGAGAUACUGGGAGACGCUUGUGGUUUCAACUAUGCGUCCAGGACUGGCUUCUGCUUCCCUUUGCAGAGAGCCACUUGAUUGAUCCGCUGCAGUUCACGGCUUGCAAACCGGCCAACAGGAAUUUCCUGACCAUGGACCUCAUAGACGAGGGGUGUCCAACCUAUGUCAGCUAUACCAACUAUUUGUUUCAGAUUGCCAAGCUCAUGGCCAAGCACCACGAGGCUAUGCUCAGAUCAUCCACCCUGCUGACCAAGUAUGAGCACACCAUUGACUACGACCACCGACUGCGGACUCUUGCGUCCAAGGCCAUGCCCAAGUACUUUGAUGUCGGGAAACCCGUCGAUUCUGCCUGGCCGGACUGGAUUACAUGGGCGCGCCGCAGUUUGACCGUCUGCUUCGCGCACAAGAUGAUCAUGAUUCAUCGGCACUUUUUGCGCAAAAGUUUCGAGGUUACUACGUUUUCCGCAACCCGGUCUACGUGCCUAGCAGCGGCGAGAACAAUCCUGAAAGAAGCACAGACCAGAGACAUGGACGGUCCGACUAUCUGGGUUGACGAGGCGUAUUGCGCUUCGGCCGGCGCUGUUCUUUGCCUGGAUUUGCUUCACCGUUCGCCGACUGACGGCCUGUUCCAAAAUCAUGCAGAUCUCGUGCGAGAAUGCAUCAGCCGGCUGCACCGGUACAGCUGGGGCAGCAUCGCCGCCCGAGGGGCCCGAGUGUUGGAAUUUAUUUUGGAUAAGAUAGAGACUGGCAAACCUUUGACUAUAGACGCCGAGCUCUCACAGGUGCUGCAGAUGGUCGGGUCUGAACAGACGCCGAACACGGACGGCGUUAAUGAGGCCUGUCUUGUCGAUGUGUUUCCCCCACCAGCUGGCAUGAGUAACAAAUUUCUAUUUGGAGAAUUAUUUCAGAUUAGACAUCAGAGUUGA